AUUAAAUAAUUAUGAAACAGCUUCGUUUCGUUGCGAACUGGUUUCCUUGCGAUUUAUUUCUUUACGAUGGGCGAAAAAUUGGUUGCCUUUGAUUACGAUACGAAACGAAGAUCACUUCAUAAUCAAAGUAUAGCUGCUGUUGUUACCAGUAAAGCUUCAAUCAGAGACUUGUAGUAGCGGAUUGUUUGUUUGGUUGGACUCGUGAUCGGCAAGUUCGUUCAGGAGCAGCUAGAAGGCUGAGCUCUCUCGUCGCUAGAUGAUUAAUUAAGUUUCUUCGUUGGCUUGCUUAAGGGUAUUCCAAGCAAGCGCCACACAGUCCCUCUUAUUGGCUAAAUUAAGACUCGUGACAUUUUUAUAUCAAAGCCUAAAGUUUGUGCUUGUUAGGUAAGUAAGAUGUCAAAAACUGCACGUAUUAAGGCAUUGGAAAGGCGUGUUGAUGAAAUUGUGACCCUGAUGAAUCACAAUAAAGUUGUUGGAGAGUCAACAUCAAACACUGUCAUUAAUCAACACGAUCUGAGGGAAACGCGCAUUGAGUCGUUAGAGGAAAAAUUGAGGGUGAUUGAAACCACACUAUCAGAGCUUGCUCACUCAAAGCAACAACUAACUUUGGCCCUGGCCACUCAAGGUGGGGAGGCAUCGAACACCACCAAGAGAAUCGAUCGUCUUGAAACUAGAAUUUCCAAGUUGGAGGGCCUUCCUAGCAAGUUGGAGGCCACUCACAAAGAUUUUUGUGAAUAUGUAAAGUCUAUUGUGGAGGAGGUCCAAACUAAGGUGCAAUCUUUUAGCACUGAGUUAGCAAAAGUGACUGGGAUAAUGAAUGAAUUUGCUGAGAUCAAGGGUAAGGUGAACUUGCUUGUAGCUGCUGCAGGUAAUACAAGUGGACCUACACAAGAUUUUGUAAGGAUAGAGAUCCCGGAACCUAGUCCCUUCAAGGGCAUUCGAGAUGCGCGAGAAGUUGAUAAUUUCCUCUUCGAUAUUGAAGCCUAUUUUGAGGCAAUCAACUAUCAUUCCAAUGAACAAAGAUUGAAAUUGGUGCCCAUGUAUUUGAUUGAUGAUGGCAAGCUAUGGUGGCGUGGCAAGGUAAAAGAGAUGAAGAGCGGAAGAAUUACUAUAAAGACUUGGGAGGAGUUCUGCCAGGUGUUAAGAUCCUCCUUCUACCCUACGAAUGUGUCAUAUAAUGCCCGUCGUAAAUUGUCUGAAUUGCAACAUACAGAUUCCAUCAGGGAAUAUGUGCGUAACUUCUCCCAUAUCAUGUUGGAAAUUCCGAACAUGUCAGAGAUAGAUAAGUUGUUCAAUUUCAUGUGUGGUCUCCAGCCUUGGGCCGAGGAAAGUUUGAAUAACAUGGGGGUGAAAGACCUUAAUUCUGCUAUGAUAGCUGCAGAGAGCCUUGGGGAUUAUAGGUGGAACAACUCUAAGAGGAAAUUCAAUCAGUCAGUUAGUGGAGAGAAUUGCCCAAGCAAAUGGGCGAAACCAUCAAGUGGGGUAGCUGACCAAGGCAACUCCAGCCCUAACAAGGGAGAAAAUGCUCAAAGGAAAUUCAUUACUACAACUCCCGAGAAUAAAAAGAGUAGCAACCCUUGUGAAGAAAGGAGCAAUUCCAAGGCACUAGGAGGUGGAUUCACAAGACUGAUAAAAUGCUUCAUUUGUAAGGGACCACAUAAACUUUCGGAGUGCCCAGGUUUGCUUGUCAGACAGCACCUAGUUUGCUUUGUGCUCUAGAUGUCUGCCACUGAGUCACUACGGCAGAGCUGCCCCGCCAAGAAGCAAGGCUGAAGAUGGAAAAAUAAAAACUUGAGAAAGAGAAAAGUGUUCUAAUGUGAACUGCAUCAAAUCAGGAGUUAAGAAGAAGGGAUUGCAAUUUGUUCACGGUAAUGAGAGGCCAUUGUUACAUUUUAGGAUUUGAUUAUGGCUUAUACAUGCUUGGAAAAGGUUUUAAUCCAUCAUGGUUACAUUUUUGUACUUGAUAUUUUGGCUGCUUGAGUUGGUUUGUACUCGUCAUGAGAACUAUAGCCAUUGUUUGCAAUAUGCAGAUGGGCAUGUGAAUGCCAAAACAGGAGUUAAAUGUUACUUCUUCGAAGCAGUAAUGAUAAUUCACUCCCGAGUUUUAUUUUUAUUUUCA